AUGGCGGCGCGAGAAUUUCAAAUGGACUCCUGCGCAUCAUUUCAAAUUCAAAAAUGGAACGCGGAGGAGCUUAUUUCGAUUGCAAUACAUUUGACGUACAUAAUACUCCGCGCGAUAGUGGACGUAUUAUGUCUAUUUUCAACUGAGUUUUUAUUAUCAGUGAUAUUGUUUAGUAUUCUCUAUGCUGCAUACAGAGCGUAUUUGAGACCGCCAUUUUUAAAAAAAGAACUAACAGAUAUAGGCUUCGACCACGUGACCCGAGGUACUAAGGGCGCGAACAGGUCCUUGCAGAUCGCCAGAUCGCAAAUGAAUAGACAGCUGGGGGGGAAAGUACCCCCUCCGUACCCAAACGGUUGGUACGCGCUGGCGGAGAGUCGAGAUUUGAGCGUGCGCAAGGUGAUACCGGUAGAUGCAUUAGGUCUAAACCUCUGCAUCUACCGAGGUGAAGAUGGUGUUGCCAGAAUCGUGGACGCGUAUUGCCCCCAUUUGGGUGCGAACAUUGGGGUCGGUGGGACGGUUAGGGGCAACUGUAUUGAAUGUCCCUUCCACAAUUGGCAAUUUGGAGAUGAUGGUAUCUGUACUCAUAUACCAGAUAUACAAAAUGUCCCAAAAGGGAUUUCCAUCAGGAGUUGGGACUGUAUGGAGGUGGAUGGUGCUGUAUGGGUCUGGUAUGAUGCUGAAAAGCGUCCCCCGUUAUGGACCGUCCCGCCACUAGAUGAGAUUAAAGAUUGGGGUUAUAGGGGAAGGAACGAGUUUAUCAUCAGUUCUCAUAUACGAGAUAUCCCGGAAAACGGCGCAGACGCUGCUCAUCUGAAUUGCAUCCACAAGAUGUCAUUUCUGACAGACAUCGGGAAGAGACUACCGUUUUUGAACAAUAUUAUUGGUUUUCACACUUGGCAAACGGAUUGGCGCAGAACAGACGAUUGGCAUAUAGCUGAAAUGACAAUAGACCAAAGUUAUUUCAUGUUCAAACAUAACGUUUUUCCCUUCAAGAUUCGAGUAAAACAGAUAGGUCCGUCACAUGUCCGCCUUCUCUUCACCUCGAUCUUCGGGGAGACAGCAGUUCUUCAGUCUGUGACACCGAUCGGGCCGAUGCUGCAGAAAGUGGUGCACAGGAUCUACACUCCUACGAGUAAUGCCAUCGCCGGAGCCUUACUGGUAUACGCUGAAGCUCGCCAGUUUGAACGCGACGUCGUCAUUUGGAACAACAAGACGCACGUCAGUUCCCCGCCUUACGUCAAAACCGAUAGAACAAUUAGGGCGUUCCGAGAUUGGUUUUCGCAGUAUUAUAGUGAACAAAGCAUCUCCAUGAGGGACGCGAUACAAAAACCUUUAGACUGGUGA